UAGAACCUUCUGUCAACGCAAACAAAAUUAAGUCAAAAAUAUUUCUAAAUUCUCUGUAACAACAAAAACAAAUCCGUCUGAUAAAUUAUUUUACUAAAAUCCAUGUUCUCUAAUUAUUUUUCCAUUAAUUGAAAAAGUUGGCGAGAUGGCUGAAAAGAGUGAUCAAAGUCCUACUGAUGCUGUCACUACUCCAAAGGAAGAAAAGUCCUCUGGGAAUUGGUGGGACUCCUGGCUGACAUCAGCUAAGAGCAAGUCAGUUGAAGUAUAUUCAAUGGUGAAGAAGGAUUUGGAUGAGAUUGGCACAGCUGUUAAGAGUGAAGCGAGCCACGUCUUCAAUUCUACGUCCACUGUAAUUGGAAACACUUUUAAGCUUGAUGAUGCAGAAUCGCCGGCUAAUGCAAUGAAGAAAAGUUUUAGCAGUUUCAUUGGUCAAGUGAGUACAGUUCUGAACCCUGAGCCUGACGAUGAAGACGACACCGAAGUUAUCCUAUCAUCUGGUGACACGACAAUGCUCUCCACUUACAAGAAAGAACUCGAAUCCCUCCAACGGGUAGACGCAACGUACAUAGUGCCAGCGGACAGCGCACAAUUCGACGCUUGGAAAGCGAGUCUCGACGGUGAUGUCAUCUCACCGCUAGCGGCCCGCAAACGUAUGCAGAGCAGUCCAUUGCUGAAGACGCAGUACGACAAGCUGGUGCCGGACGCUGUGUCGCACGAGGACUUCUGGGAGAGGUAUCUCUUCCGAGUGGCUCUCUUACAAGAUAGACUAGCGGCGUCAUCCCGUAAACAACCGUUAGUGGAGGAACAAACGGACCCGGUGCUCGCUCACUUGCCACCCACCGAGCCUAUACAGACAAGUCCCAAAAAAGUUCUCUCCGGAAUAAUAGCAGAGACGCCAGAAAUCGACAACGUCGUCGCGUGGGAGGAUGAAGAUUUCGCAGAUGACCUAGAACUAACAGAGGAACAACAAACCCUACUUUUAGAAGAAUAUGAAAAGGAAAUAACAUCGAAAAAGUUAAAAACGCCCAAAGACAUAACUAACAACAACGCAGACUCGCCAAAAAAGAGCAUAGACAACAAAAAAAUUGCCAUGGACAAAAAUAAAAAUAAAUCACCGAGAAAAACUAAAUCCGACGAAUGUGGCAACUUAGUUGAGGAUUAUUUUGGUGAUAAGGAAGUCAAGGAUGACGCUAGUGCAAAUUCUGAUGAAAGUUGGGAAAAAGAAUUUGAAAUUGAUGAAAAAGAGACCGUUCAAAAGGCCUGACUCUGGGCCCACUUUCUUAGACCAUAGAUAAGAAAUUAGUCUAGAAAACCAUAGACUUGGAAACAGUACUGUGUAUUCAAAUAACAGCUUAUAUAAAACUGUAUAAGGGAAAUAUAAAUGCUAUUUUUACAUAUUACAUACAUAUAUGGUCAUAGCUUAGUCAUAAUGCUAGUGUCACACAAUAAAAAAUGCCGGCAAAUUGGCAUGACAUGGGGCUUGUUCAUAAUUAAAAAAAAAACAGGUAAUAACUAGUUAUUAUUUAAAAGAAAAUUUAGUAAAGAGAGUCAUAAUACCUUAUUUAGAGGACAUUUUUACAGCCAUAGAUAAAAAUGUUGCGCCAUGAUACGUUUUGGCGCGAAAUAUAUUCAGUAUAGGUUAUAAACGCACCUUUAUUUUACGCUUCCAUUUUGAAUUAAAAUAAUUUAGAGAUAAUUUUGUCGACGUUUUCUUUUGUUAUUGUUAGGUUAAAUUCUUGUUUUUAUCAAAAAGUCUUUAUUUUAUAUUGUAACUGUCUAUUUAAUUUUAAAUUUAAAUACUUUUUAUACAUAUAUUGCCUUUAAGACUUUGAGACAAAGCUGUCUCACUACCUCCCUUGUUGAAUAUUUUUAAAAAUUUGAUCACAUUUUUGUACAAUGUAAGUUUUACAUUAUUUCUUUUUCAUUCCUCGAUGAAUUUUAUGAUUUUAUAUUUUAUUUACUUGUACUUUUUAUUAUUUGUGUAUUUCCAACCAGAGACGUAUGUGUUUUAUUACAAUAAAUGUUUAUAGUAUAUACAGGGUGGGCUUAAAUAACCGAUGGAUUUUAACUGAUUUUUAACCUAUAGACCCGUAUAAUUUAUAUCAAAUUAGGUUAAAUUUGAACAUUCAGUAAAACAGAUAAUAUAAGAUCGAUAUCUAUGGUAGUAAUUAUGACAAUUUUAAUCCAUCAGUUGUUUAUGACACCCUGUAUAUACAACCCGUUAUUGAGUAAGCUAAAUAAUAAGUAUUAGAAUGAAACAAUUGUAAUUUUAAUAUACAUUAAAUUUUUAAGUUA